AUGCCUCCUGUGCAUGAGGAAUGGCGAAUGUUGGAGAGCGGCGCAAAGACCGGGUGGCUCUUCAAUUAUCAUCCAACAACAGUGAUGGCAACAGAAGAGUCAUCUGUGGAGCGUCAGGGAAGUUCAGUGGCCCGGGCAGCACUUGUACUUCUCUUUCAAGAUCAUGAGGGGGAAAUAUUUUACGUGAAUCUCUUUUAUAAUCCUUACUUUUUUAUUUCUGUUGUGGAGGGACAUGAACAUGAGGUGGAGCUUGGUUUAAUGUCACUCUUUGGCCCACAAUUAAUAUUUCACAUUGAAACCAUAGAAAAAGAAGAUUUGGAUCUUAUUAAUCAUUUAAGUGGACGUAAACGUUUAUAUCUCAAAGUAGUCUUUCGAAGUGUACAAGACUUAACAACUGUUCGUGGUCGAUUAGAUAAAAUUGUAAAAAGAAAUGCUUCUAUGGGAGCUUUAAACCCACUUUUAAAUCCUUUUGAUGGAUCUCUUGGAGAUAUAAUGGCAAAACCAUUUGAAGAGGAUGUCUUAAACAGUAAUGUUUCUUCCGAUCGUUGGUUUGAUUGGGUACAUGAAAUGCGUGAAUAUGAUGUUAAGUAUCAUAUGCGUGUGGCGAUUGAUCUUGGGGUUUUUGUUGGAUUAUGGUAUGAUGUUACCGUACGUGAAGGUGAGGCACAAGUCACUCGUUGUGAUGAUAGUGCGUAUGCACCGGCAAUGCCUCGUAUAUGUGCUUUUGAUAUUGAAACAACAAAAGCUCCACUUAAAUUUCCACAACCGGAAGUAGAUCAGAUUUAUAUGAUAUCUUAUAUGUUAGAUGGUCGUGGAUAUCUUAUUGUAAAUCGUGAAAUAGUGACGAUGGAUAUUCAUCCUUUUGAAUAUACACCCAAACCAGAAUAUGAAGGUAUAUUUGAAACUUUUAAUGAAGUUGAUGAAAAAUCUCUUUUACGACGGUUUUAUGAUGAAAUGCGAAAAUAUCAACCUAAUGUGUAUGUGACUUACAAUGGUGAUUAUUUUGAUUUUCCAUUUAUUCAUGCACGUUCAAUUUUUCAUAAAUUAAGUAUGCGAGAAGAAAUUGGUUUUACACAAAGUACGGAUGGAGCUUUCUUAAAUCAAAAAAUUCCACAUAUUGAUUGUUUUUAUUGGGUUAAACGAGAUAGUUACUUACCUCAGGGAAGUCAAGGACUUAAAUCGGUAACAAAAUACAAACUUGGUUAUAAUCCUAUUGAAGUAGAUCCAGAAGAUAUGCUUCCAUUAGCACAAACAAAUCCACAACAAAUGGCAUCUUAUUCUGUAUCUGAUGCUGUGGCAACAUGGUAUCUUUAUCAGAAAUAUGUUCAUCCAUUUAUUUAUUCACUUUCAACAAUUAUUCCAAUGUCACCAGAUGAUGUGUUACGUAAAGGAUCUGGUGGUCUUUGUGAAUCUUUAUUAAUGGUACAAGCUCAGGCAAAUAAUGUUAUAUUUCCAAAUAAAAAGGAACAACAAUUGGAAAAAUUUUUUAAUGGUCAUCUUAUUGAUAGUGAAACAUAUAUUGGAGGUCGUGUAGAGGCUCUUCGUAGUGGAGUUUAUCGUAGUGAUAUUCCUCUUAGUUUUAAUAUGAGUCCUGAUAUGUAUCAAAAACUUAUUGAUGAUCUUGAUAGUGCCUUAGAGUUUGCCUUGGAGGUUGAAAAUGGUGUAAAGAUGAAUGAAGUAACGAAUUAUGAAGAAAUACGUGAAAAGAUAAAAGAAAAAUUAGGCUAUUUAAGAGAUAAUCCACGUCAAGAGUCUGAUCCUAUUAUUUAUCAUCUUGAUGUUGGUGCCAUGUAUCCUAAUAUUAUUCUUACCAAUCGUUUACAACCAUAUGCUAUUCCAAAAUCUGAUGUCUGUGCAGGUUGUUGUUUUAAUACACCUAAUAAUGAACAUCUUUGUAAACGGCCAAUGACUUGGAAAUGGAGAGGUGAAUUACUUACGGCUGGUCGUCAUGAAUAUCAGAGAAUAAAGGCACAAUUGGAAAAUGAAUCUUUUGCAGCUAAUGCUAUUGAGCAAGCAAAUUUAUCGGCAGUUCAAAAAAAAACAUAUGGAAAUCGUAAAGGGAAUGUAUUGGAAGGAACAACAUUUGAGAGGAAACAGUCCAUGUCUUUUAAACAACGAAAUAAUAAUUUUGGAGGAUCAAAUGGUGUUGGUGGUGGUGGUGGUGGUGGAUAUAGACAUGAAAGUAAGUUUCAGAAACAAGAAUCAAAGAAUGCAUUAUUAUCUAAAGAAUAUUCAAAGAAAAAAGAUGAAAAUGAUAGUGAUGAUGAUAACAAUAAUGAUAGUGAUGAUGGUGAAGAAGGUGGACUUAAAGCAUAUCAUAAACUUCAAGAGUCUACAAAGUUUAAUAUGUUAAAAAAGCGUCUCUCUGAGUAUAGUAGAAAAGCUUAUGGAAAAAUACAUGAAUCUCGUGAAAUUAUGCGAAGUGAUGUGGUAUGUCAACGUGAAAAUUCUUUUUAUGUUGAUACCGUACGUUUAUUUCGUGAUCGUCGAUAUGAAUAUAAAUCAGCUCUUAAGACAUGGAAAAAACGAUUAGAUGCUGCUAAAGAUGUGGAUGAGGUAAAAUUAUGUAAAAGUCGUUGUGUACAGAUGGAAUCACUUCAAUUAGCACAUAAGUGUAUUUUAAAUUCUUUCUAUGGAUAUGUGAUGCGUAAAGGAAGUCGUUGGUAUAGUAUGGAAAUGGCUGGUAUUGUAACCUAUCUAGGUGCUACUCUUAUUCAAAUGGCUCGUGCUCUUAUUGAACAAAUUGGUGUAACGCUUGAACUAGAUACGGAUGGUAUUUGGUGUUGUCUUCCAAAUAGUUUUCCAGAAAAUUUUACCUUUACAACAUCUAAUCCAUCUAAAGCCAAGGUAUCUAUUUCUUAUCCUUGUGUUGUUCUUAACAAGAUGGUACAUGAUGGUUAUUCAAAUCAUCAAUAUCAAACAUGUAUUUCUCCAGGUGUGUAUGAACGUCGUAGUGAAUGUUCUAUUUACUUUGAAGUGGAUGGACCUUAUUUAGCCAUGUUACUUCCAGCAAGUCGUGAAGAAGGUAAAAGUAUAAAAAAACGUUAUGCUGUUUUUAACCCGGAUGGAAGUCUUGCAGAAUUAAAAGGAUUUGAAUUAAAAAGACGUGGUGAACUUAUGCUUAUUAAAGAUUUUCAAUCUCAAGUAUUUCGUCGUUUCCUUGAUGGUAAAUCUCUAUCCGAGUCCUACGCAUCUGCAGCUGUGGUAGCGAAUGCCGCUCUAGACAUGUUGUAUACAAAAGGUGAAGGAUAUGAAACGGAAGAAAUAUUAGAGAAAUUAUCAGAGAGUAGUAAUAUGACCAGACGCCUUUCAGAAUACCCGGAAUCACAGAAAUCAUUAGCCUUAACAACAGCCAGACGAAUUGCAGAGUUUUUAGGACCACAAAUGGUAAAAGAUAAGGGACUUGCCUGUCAUUUUGUGAUCUCUCGUCUCCCAUCUGGUAGACCCGUAACAGAGCGACCGAUUCCCCUUACUAUUUUUCGUGCUGACCCAACACUACGUUCACACUUUCUUAGAAAAUGGACAGGUGAUAACUCACUUCCUGUUGAUGCUGAUUUACGACACUUAUUAGAUUGGGAUUACUAUAUUACUCGUUUUAAUGCUUGUGUACAAAAAAUUAUUACAAUUCCAGCAGCUUUACAACAUGUUCCUAAUCCAGUACCACGAGUACCUUAUCCAGAUUGGCUACAUAAACGUGUUCAACAACGAAGUUCUAGAUUUCGUCAAAUAAGUCUUAAAGGAAUGUUUUCUCAAGUUAAGGAAGCGAAUGAAGGUAAUAUUACAGAUGUUGAGGAACUUGUAGCAGAUGAUAAUAAUAAUAUUAAUAGGAAAGAACUUGGUAAAGUGGAUAGAGAAAAUAAAAACAGAGAAGAUGGUAAAUAUUCUGAUAAAGAAGAUGAUAGUGAUUGGUGUGAUGAUGUUGAUGAUGAUGCAUCAGAAAAUGAAGCAGAUCACAUACGUCAGGAAGAAGAAAAAGAAGCAGAAGCACGUGCAGAAGCGGCAGUAACUGAACUUAAAACGAAAUAUUUCUCUCCAAAAAAUACCCAAGUACUUGAUGCCGCAUUUUUUGCUUCUCCUGGUGUUUCAUUAUGGUUACAGCAACAAAAACAAGCAUGGAUACAUCGGGCAAAAUUACGUCGUGAAAUGAUUUCAGAUUCUAAUAAUCAUAAUCAUAAUAAUAAUCAUCAAUUAUCUGGAGAUGGUGGGGUUGGUAUGAAUAAUAAUCACUUCUUUGACGUUAAGUCUAAAGCGCUUUCUACGGCAUGGCAUAUUCUGGAAGUACGACCAGAAAAAAAAGAAACAGGUAUGGUAAUAAUAAUUGCAGCACUUGAAAAAACACUCUAUACAUUUAGGUGUAUUGUUCCUAGGUUUGUUAUUGUGGAUGCUGAACCACAGUUUAAUGCUCCUAAUGCUAAGGUAUUGAAUAAUGGACGAGUACUUCCAAGAGGAAGAAGCGCAAAACGUUUACUAGAGGUAGAAAUACCUCCAGGAAAUGAAGGGGAACGAAUGCUUAAUGAACUUUUAUGUGCCCGAGAAGAUAUUCUUGCUCUAUAUGAAAAUCAUAUUACUCUUGAGGAAACUUUAAUUGAAAAAAUUGGUUGUUGUGCAAUGGUAAAAGCAGAUACUCAUUUAAAUAAUAUUCAACGACGUUCUUCUAUGAGAGGAGAUGUAUUUGAAAUACAAGAAUUAGAAAGUUUAACGACUACAAAUUACCUUCAAAAUUGUAAUGAUCGAUUUGUUUUUGUAUUUCAUGCUUCUUCUGACACUCGUGGUAUGUUGGGAGUGGUUAAUCGUCAUGCAAAAACUGCUGUGGUUAUUAUUAUACAACCAGCAUCUGCACAUAUACCUUCAAUAAACUGGGAUACACUAUUUUUAGAAACGGCAAAGUCUCUAAAUACGACUGCAGAAUCUAUUCAAGUUGUGAUGGAAGUUGCACCAGAUAUUUCCACAGCAUGGAAGCAUAUAUAUCGUGUUCUUAGUGAAAUCUUAGAGAGUGGCAAAUCUCCUUUGUUUGCAGUGGUACAGAGUAGUCUAUCUACUCCAUAUCUCCUUGAACAUCGUUAUUUACCCCAAUCUCUUCCAUAUCUUCGUGUACUUGGGGCGUCUGAGGACGAGCGGCUUCUCGUGGAUCCCUUCCGCUGGACGCGGCUGCUGGCGCGACGUCUUGUGCAGCGCUACGGGGCAUCGCUGCUGUGGGUGGAGGAGCGCCUCGCCUUCAGCCGCGUCUCCGGCGUGCCGCUCUGCAAUCUCGCCCACGACACGUGCGUGCAUGUGUGGGACGUUCUCUUCGCCCGCGCCCUCCACGCCCGCAGCCACGUGCUGUGGGACCCGCGCGCCCCGGCCGUCGCCUGCGAGGCCGCAGAGGAGAGGCCCCGGCGGGUCGUUCUCCCCGGCGGGUACGUCUCGUGGGCCGUCGAGUUCUCACUCGCCAGACUAGACGUUGUGGCGCUCCUCUUUGCACAGACAAUAGAGGAGGGAGACGAUCCAAACACACACACACUAUGCGAUCGAGGGGUCACAUCACAUUUUAAUAUACUCCGAGACGUCGUUGCCGAUGUACUCGGGCGGGUGGCUACGAAUAAUGUCGCAGACGCCCUCCUUGCAGGAUUCCCACGUUGGAUUCGAGACCCAGCCGCACGUGUAUAUGAACCACGAUUGCUGGAGCUCGUCAGUAAACUCGCCCAUCGUGCACUUACGGCGGUUCUCAUUCGACUGGCAAAACUUGGAGGACGGACAGUAAAAGUAGAUGGUGAUUCCAUCGUUGUAUUGACUCCAAAACAUACUAUACAGGAUGCAAUUAGCUUUGGUAAAUUUUUAGUAGAUUCUUUGCAAGAUCAACCCAUGAUGUUACUACUAUCUCUUCAACCUAUUCGUUACUGGUGUCCCUUUGUUGUACUUGACAAGCAAGACUUUGCGUGUCUUUGUAUAUCUAGUGAGAAUGCUAUACGUAUGCAAAACCAUGAACAUAUUUCAGUUGAAGAAAUGGAAUUAGAAUUAGCACUCACAAUAUGGAGUAAACUACCAAAAAAAGUGAAAAAUAUUUUUAUGCACCGUAUAGAAAAAACAUUAAAGUUAAUAUCCGAAAUUCGUUUUUCUGUUUUGCAUGAUGUUCAGGUUGAUCCUACCAUUGUACUUGCUACAAGGAGUGAACAAAUUCUUUUGCGGAUUGUAAAAAAUUUUAAGUCAGCAAUUGAGCACAAAGUACAUGCAGAACUCAUAGAUGAAGUUCAUGUCCUCAUGGAACGUAAAGAUCUUUAUGAGGAAAAAGAAUUGCCAAAUGGUGAGAAUCCUUUACCUAGUGGAGCUGUGGCCCUCGAGUACACCAAAUCUAUUUGCCGUUUCCUUGAUUUAUUUCCAAAUGAAGGAUCAGUGGGUAAAAUGCGUAAUAAUUGUUUGCGUCUAUGUGGAGUGAGUCCAUUUUCUCAAUUGGCACAGAUUACUCCAGAUGUUGAUGCUGAAUGCCGUUUGCUUAUGGUAAGGUGCAGUUUUUGUAACCUGGACUUCUUUAUUAACCUUGGUGAACAGGAAAAACGGUUUCGUUGUAACAAGUGUCAAGCCCCUAUUUCUGAAGCGUCUGUAGAAUCUCAUUUGGUACGUCGUGUUAAUGCCAUAGUUACAAACUACCUGCAGCAAGACUUUACUUGCAGUAAGUGUCAUGAAGUUGCGUCAACUUUUAUGAGUCAAAGCUGUUGUGGGCCUCUUGUAGGCAAAGGGAAACCAAUUACAAAUCAGCUACAAGCGUUAAAAAAGAUUGCUCUAAUUCAGGGAUUCAAUUGGUUAAAGGAAGCCGUAGAUGCGGCCCUGUGUUAUUCUUAA